AGUGUCAGUACGUGCGUGGAACAGCAUGCGGUGUUAAACUUUCUUGUGAACGAAGGCGUAAAACCCAUAGAUAUCUACAGAAGGCUUCAAGCACAGAACGGUGAUGAGACGUUCAGCCCCAGUAAGACAUUUGAAUGGUGUAAAUGUUUCAAAGAUGGCCCCAGUCCAUCAGUGACAAUCCUGGCCAUGGUGGUUCCCAUCCCACAGCAGUCAUUCCUGUGAACAUUCAGCGCGUGGAACGCUGGAUCCUGGAUGUUUGACGCAUAACCUGUCAUGAAAUUGCACAAGAGACAAAUCUUUCUGUGGGAACGGUGAACACAAUGAUGAUGAAGUCAGCCAGGCUGUCCUAGGAUGGUUCAGGCAU